UCCUAAUUCAUCUCGUUUCCACCUCCUGAUGCGCUCACGGUCUGGUGCCCGGAGUCCGCAAAGCAAGAUCAGGAGUCAGAGCGUUCAGCUACCAAUGAGUCUUUGUAUUGUCUUUUGAGUAUCUUAUUUUAUUUUGUGUUAUUUCUAUUUGUACUCCACACACUCUCUUGUCUUCUCAGUUUGCUCUAACUCCAUCAUUUACAAUGUUGUUGUUUGUUUUUGUAAAGCCCACUGAGACACACUUGGUUUUGUGAUCUUGGGCGAUACAAAUAAAGUUUGAUUUGAAUUGAUUAGAUUUGAUUAGAUGUGCUCGUCCCCCUGCAGGUGCUGCUCCCCCCGGUGGUCUCCUGUGUGGAGGACUCCUUCUAUAAGAUCACCUCAGAGGCUCUGCUGGUGGUCCUGCAGCUGGUGAGAGUGAUGAGGCCUCAAGGACCCUCAGCAGGGGGGGGAUUCGACCCCAAACCCUUCGUCAGAGAGGUGUUUUCCGUGACCCUGAAGAGGCUGAAGGCCACAGACAUCGACCAGGAAGUGAAAGAGAGGGCUAUUUCCUGUAUGGGUCACAUGGUGUGUCACCUGGGCGACCACCUGGGGGCGGAGCUUCAAGGUGUUCUAGCCAUCUUCCUGGAGAGGUUGAAGAACGAGAUCACGAGACUGACCGCCGUCCGGACCCUCACCCUCAUCUCCGCCUCCCCCUUAAAGAUCGACCUGUCCUCCAUCCUGCCGGAGACGCUCUCAGUUUUGGGAUCUUUCCUCCGAAAGAACGAGCGAGUUCUGAAGCUCGGGACGCUGGCCUGUCUCACCUCGAUCAUCACGCAUCAGGCUGCAAACAUCAAACCUGCCGCGCUGGAACCGGUCCUGAGCGAGCUGCCGGGUCUGGUGGACGAGAGCGACAUUCACGUAUCACAGGUCUCCGUCUCCCUGCUCAGCGUCAUGGCUCGGUCCUGCCCCUCCUCUCUCAGUACGAUCAGCCUCUCGGUGCUGCCCUGCGUCUUCAGGCUGGUUCUCUCUCCUCUCCUGCAGGGGGCAGCGCUCUCCUCCAUCCUGGACCUCCUGCAGGCGCUGGUGCUGUCCAACAUCCUCUUCCUCCUCUCAGUCAGUUGCUGAAGUCUCUCACAGAUCCGUUCAACCUCCCCUCCUCCUCUUCCUCCUCUUCCUCCCCCCUGAUCCACAGACAGUCGUAUCUCUCUGUUUCUCGCUGUGUGGCGGCUCUCUCCUCCUCCUGCCCCAAAGAAACCCCCUCCACGGUGAAUGGACUCCUGCAG